UAGAAACAAGGUCACUUGUUGGUGGGGCCGUUCUUUGGUACAUCUAUUUGAAACUUGUCAUUCGCAUCCAAAUACAUUUGUUGAUGGCGAUGUUUAUUGAAACCAAAAAAGGCUACAAAAAUAUACCAUUUGACCCAAACAAUCCCCAUUUCAAGGUUUCUUUUCCGUCUUUUCGAACGAAGAAAAAUCUGAGCCCUUUCCUCAUUUUCUUCCUCAGUAACGAAAAAAAAAUCUUCAACUUGAGAUCUCAAAAUGCUCCCAUGAUUGGCCUUGAGAAUAUCAUUACCUUCAAGAUUGGCCUCUAGGGAUCAAAUCGACUCAGUCAAGUUUGGGAUUCGUAAUGAAUCAGAGCAAUUGUGUGUGUACCUUUGAGGCUCCAGAGGAAACUGUAGUUUCCUUCGCUCAUCCGCUAAUUCUCGUUGGUCUGUCCACCCUGAUUUUACUGGUUCUUCUUGUGGUCUCGUCCAAGAAAACGUUUUUGCGGUGCCUGAAAUUGAGUAAGGUGAAUCCGCAGGUGUUUCGCCGGGAUUCGGCCUUGAUAGGAAUUAUCCAACAGGAUAUGAUCCAUCAGAUGCAUUCUUUGGUGCUCCUCCCACUCCUCCUGAACAAUGGGAAGACCUCAGCCAUCAUGCCCAAAGAGUCCACCGUGAAGUUCAUUUCAAAGUCAGGGGAGCAUCGUGAGUCCAAUUUGAUCAUUCACAACGAACAGGAGUUGGACACCAAUGACGACGAGGAAGAUGAGGACAACGGCGAAGUGGUGAAGGAUCUCUAUGGUCAACAAGCCACCACCAAACUUGAAAGGAUCAACCGAAAGCGACAAAAGAAAAAACGUCAGAAGCCCAUUCCGAUCCCGCCUCCAAUUAUAAAGUUAGCUACUGCUGAAGGAGCCAAAUCUGGCUUGGAGCUGAUGUUGCCGGGACUUGGGAGCCAUGAAUAUCACUUGGCGCAAAACCCGUGA